AUGCUCCUCGCCCUACCCGUAACCCGUCUACGGCCUCUCCCUCACGCCCUCACCCACCCAGAGGGCAUCGCCUUUCUCCCACCCAACCUUCGCGUCUCUACCGAAGAGCUCAACAGGCAAGACGCUCAAUGGCGUGCGCUCCGCGAGGCAGCCUAUGCCCGCGCUUGGGCUGAAGAUGCAACGCUCGUGGGGAGCAUCGUGAGCUAUGGGAAUGGAGAGGCAGGAGGGGAGAGGAGGGGUUCGGCUAGUAGGAGUAGGAGAAGGAAAAAGAGAAAGGCACUCAAGGCGCUGCUCAAGUGGAUUGAGCUCGGGGGAAGCAAUGCCAAUUCUUCGUCUUCGUCGAGGGAGACGGAGCAACAGACGAGCACUUCGGCCGGAGCGGUGAGGGAGGCGGCACAGGCUCAGGCUCAGGCCCAAGCUCAGGCUCAGGCUUCAUGA